AUGCGAAAUCUGCCCAUUGAAGUUAUCAGCGCCGUUGUUCAGAAUGUUGCCACGACAGAGGAUCUUCUCCAUUUACGUAGCUUGAACUGGUCCUAUAAAGAGCUGGUCACUCCCCGCGUGUUCAGCACGCUUCACAUCAAAAAUAGUAUCCAGAGUGCGCAAAACUGCCACCAGAUCAUCGGUACCGCAAGCCUUGCCACCCAUGUUCGAGAAGUCGUCUAUGAUUCUCGUGACGACGAAUGUUUCCAACUUCCGCCCGACAACGUAGGCAACGAUGUGCUUGAGGUCAGCGAGCUUGAAGAAGCACUGACCGAGGCAUUUUGCGCAAUAACCGCGCUUCCGAGGAUUGACCGUGUCGUGCUCAACUUUUGGCCGUCGUUUCUCUCCCAGUCAGGGAGGGAGGUUCGUGAGACGCCAUUCUGGUUCACAAAUCGACAGCUCACCCUCCUUCACGCCAUUCACCAUGGCAUGAAGACAUCUCGUAUGACCACAUUGUUUGUCAACAACGUGAUUUUGCCUGCCACAUGUCACGACUUCAUUUCGUCCCUCACGUCCUCGCCCCUGUCCCAUCUAUCAAUAUCCGUCGUGUCCAACGCUGAAGUCAGCGCCUGGUCAGGUUCCAAGAACGUCAACGGAUCGCUUGGAGCACUCUUACCUCCCUCCAACCCCACAUUGAAAUCGCUUGUGCUAAGCAGCCCCCAGGGCCCCUAUCACAGCCUCACAACUCGACUUUCAUCAUUCUACUAUCCAUCCCUCGAAUCGCUCGUACUCGAAAAUAUCGUUUUCGAUCAGAUGCCCUUCGCUGAUGGCGUUGAGGAAUUUGUCCUUCGUCACAAGGAUACUUUGCAGAGACUUGAGCUGCAAUCAUGCGCAUGCCAUAUACCAGGCUCAUCGACUGACGCCAGGCGGUGGUCGACCAUAUGGCAACGAUGGGCUGCCGAGCUCACUAGCUUGAGAGAGAUCGUCGUUAACAACGACGGUCAUAGUUAUGUCCUCCUUGAUGCCGAUCAGGGCUGUAUUCCUCAUGGACUACUCAGCACCACGACAACUGAGGAUGAUUCUUCAAGCUUGCAGAUGUUCAAAGACACCAUAGCAGCUGGCCGAGUUGUGGUGAUGUAA